CCAGGUUGCGCUGUGGGCGAGGGGAUCUGGAGUGGAGUCGGGUGGAGUGGUGACUCUGGAGGGCGCAGGAUCCCAAGGAGACAGAAAGGACAGAGCUGGACGGGGAUCCGACCGGCCGCGGGGGCGCUGCGGAGGGUGGGGUAGAAAAGGGGCAUACCUGGAGGCGAGACCGGGGGUCGUCAGAAAACGAAGCUGGAGCUUGGAAGGGGGCCCGGGAGCAGAAGUGAGUGAGACGGGAGAAACGGUGGGGGUUGUGUGAGGUCUGGCGAGUUGGGAAGAUCCAAAGGUGCUAAGUUCCAAGGUAGAGGAGGUGGGUUGAGAAGGAAACCCAGGUGGGGAGAAGGAGCCUCAGCGGGAGGCCCAGAGAAAGUCCGCGGUGGGAGAGAGUUGAGCUGAGAUUCAGGCGAGGUGGGGAGCAGGCCCAGGCCGGGUAGGAGGCUCACUAGGCAAUGGGCAGGCUGGCCGAGGUGUGAGGCUGGUUUAAAGAGGCAGAGGCCAGUCGGAGGUGAGAAGGAGUCUGGUUGAGGAGGCAGCUGAGAAGUGAGGCCAGCAAAGACUGAGGGUGGACCCGCAGUGGAAGGGCUCUCCGGGGAGGUAACCCCACCGUGAGGCCCAAGGCUUGGACAGGGGAGCGCCCCCCAUGGGGGAAGCCUCUCCCCGGUGGUUGCUGGAGCCAUGCUGUCCCGAAAAGGCAUCAUCCCUGAGGAGUAUGUGCUGACGCGGCUAGCAGAGGACCCCACGGAGCCGCGGUACCGAGCCCGAGAGCGGAGGGCCCGCUUCGUGUCUAAGAGCGGCAAUUGCAACGUAGCCCACAAGAACAUCCGAGAGCAGGGCCGAUUCCUGCAGGACGUAUUCACCACGCUGGUGGACCUCAAGUGGCCACACACGCUGCUUAUCUUUACCAUGUCCUUCCUGUGCAGCUGGCUGCUCUUUGCCAUGGUCUGGUGGCUCAUUGCCUUCGCUCACGGUGACCUGGCCCCUGAUGAGGGCACUGUUGUGCCUUGUGUCACCAGCAUCCACUCUUUUUCCUCUGCCUUCCUUUUCUCCAUUGAGGUCCAGGUGACCAUUGGUUUUGGCGGGCGCAUGGUGACCGAGGAGUGCCCGCUGGCCAUCUUGAUCCUCAUUGUGCAGAACAUUGUGGGGCUCAUGAUCAAUGCCAUCAUGCUGGGUUGCAUCUUCAUGAAGACGGCCCAGGCCCAUCGGCGGGCCGAGACCCUCAUCUUCAGCAAGCACGCUGUCAUCGCGGUGCGCCAUGGCCGCCUCUGCUUCAUGCUGCGCGUGGGUGACCUCCGCAAGAGCAUGAUCAUCAGUGCCACCAUCCACAUGCAGGUGGUGCGCAAGACCACCAGCCCCGAGGGUGAAGUGGUGCCCCUCCACCAGGUGGACAUCCCCAUGGAGAACGGUGUGGGUGGCAACAGCAUCUUCCUCGUGGCUCCUCUCAUCAUCUACCACGUCAUUGACGCCAACAGCCCACUCUACGACCUGGCGCCCACUGACCUGCACCACCACCAAGACCUCGAGAUCAUUGUUAUUUUGGAAGGUGUGGUGGAGACCACAGGCAUCACCACCCAGGCCCGCACCUCCUACUUGGCCGACGAGAUCCUCUGGGGCCAGCGCUUUGUACCCAUCGUGGCCGAGGAGGAUGGCCGCUACUCCGUGGACUAUUCCAAAUUUGGCAACACCAUCAAAGUGCCCACGCCGCUCUGCACGGCCCGCCAGCUUGAUGAGGACCGCAGUCUGCUGGACGCCCUGACCCUCGCCUCCGCCCGUGGCCCCCUGCGCAAGCGCAGCGUGGCUGUGGCCAAGACCAAACCCAAGUUCAGCAUCUCUCCGGAUUCCCUAUCCUGAGCCCUCGUCGCUCGGGCCCCCACACUGCUUGUGUGCACAGAGGCCGUGUGUAUGAUCUCUACGUCCUGAGUUUCAUUGGCUCCUCUAAAGAUACAGUCCUGAAAUAGGCACCAACUGAACCGAUGCCGCAAUCCCCAGUACCGCCACUAGAGGCCACUCUGAACCACCCUCAGGUAGAAGCUCAGCGAUGGGGAUUUCUACCUCUAGUCAGUCAGCCCUGGAAGCCAAGAGUCUUCAACGUCAGUUAAGCCCAUGAAUGUGGCCUCCCACACCCUCCUGAGUGACCUAAAAGCUGCGUUUAGGGUCAUUUCUUUGACUUUCAGUAAAGAUGUGAACAGGGCUUCUCUGCCCUACAAAGAUCCUGAAAUACAACUGCACAUUCCCUGAAUAACUACAUUCAGAACCACACUGUACCUUACCCAUGACUAACACCUGGCCUGAGACUCCCCACAGCCUUGUCAACCUCUGUCCUGAAUGAGGUGCCCGUGCACAGAUCCAAUUAGGAAUAGCAUCACCCACCUUGGUUCAGUUACAGAAAAUGAGGAAAUGAUUAAACCAACCAACAGAACUGUCCCCUAAGAACAGACAAGAACAGUAUAGAGUGAGCCUAUCCUCUAGAAGGAAGGAUCCAGCUUAUCUUUCACACCCCAACCUCACCCUGGAUCUUCCUUGGCAGUAUGGAUCAAAAAUCCAAGCUCUACUCUUCACUAGCCAUGAGAAUGAAUAACUCAAAGAAUAACUCAGAGAUAUUAAGUUAAAAGUGCAGCUGCAUAUUUAUUCUUUUUUUUUUUAAGAUUUUAUUUUUUUUUUUAAGAUUUUUUUUUUUUAUUUGACCGAUGGAGAUCACAAGUAGGCCAGAGA